GUUAGAAUGGAGUAUAGUACUAAUGUAGCUCUGCUUUCCAGAAUCUAAAGACACGUGAUCUCACAUUGCAUCUCUCAGGAGACGUGAUAAAUUCAGAAGAAGAAUGCAUCCAGCUCUUUCCAGCUUAUUGUGCGCUCUCCAGUUGCACAAAGGCGCCCAGCGCAAGGUGCCACCAAAACAGCUCGCCGCGUGCGUCACACUGCUAUUCCCAGAUCCCGCCAACUGUCAAUCUUCUGGUCAGCUCAGACAUGAGCUUCGCAAUAGCUCAAGCCGAUUUGUUUCCCCGGGUUGACAAGACGCACUUGUCCUGUUGGAGCUAUCUCGCUACUGCGUUUUAUCAUGUGCGCAAGAACGGGUGCUGAAGUUGCAUCCCUCUCCUAAUAUGAUCAAAGCUGAAACAGUAGAGACGAUACUUAACCUCGGAUGGUUUCCCCUCUAUACUGGUGUCUAGACAACUGCCUUUACCGUGCUGGAAAGACGUCGACGGCUCCAAGGACCUGUGCACAGCAGGUCUUUUCAAGGUUCGCUGUCCGUUGUUGGGGCUUCUGAUCUUUUCUACUUGCUUAGGUUCAACAAACCAUCUAGGGAGGAGGAGGCCUCUUCCUCGUGGCAAGAAGUUCUGGGCUUGUACCAACAUGCCGUCCAGCACACCCUCAACGCUGCGACCGACUCCCGCACCGAUCCUACCCGCUUCGAGGGAUGCGACGCACCGCGUCGUCCGCACUUCUGCAUAGCGAUGAGGCUGUUUGGGGGAAGGGUGGAGGUGAUAGUUGUCCGUUACCCAGUCUUUAUUUUCUUUUUCACUACCACACUUUCUCUCGCCCCUGUCAGCAGGGCUGAUGUUUUCGAAAGCAUAGAAAAAUAAGAGAUGUUUUUUUAAGCAUCGUUCCUGUUGCCUUUAAGGAGGUAUGUAGAAAAACAGACCUGUCUCA